AUGGAGCACGCCUCCGCCUUCCUCGCGCGCGCGCUCGCCACUCCGCUCCCGGCAUCCGCCGCCCUCCCGCGGCGCCGCCCGGCCCGCGUGGCCGUCGCCGCCGCGGCGCCGGAGCGCAAGCCGCCGGGCGCGGUGGCGUCCACCACCAACUACGUCGUGCCGCUCGACUCCGCGCCGUCCGGGAUCACGCGCCCGCUCGUCGAGAUCCUCCGCGACCUCAACAAGCGCGUCCCUGACGCCAUCGUGCGGCCCCCCUCCCGGCGCGCCUCCGCCUCCGACCCCGUCAUCCCCUGGUACCAUGCCAACAGGAUGCUCAGCUUUUAUGCUCCAGGUUGGUGUGGGGAAGUCCGUGAUGUUAUUUACACUGACAGUGGAAAGGUGACGGUCAUAUACCGUGUGACUGUACGCGGAACAGAUGGAGAGGUUCAUAGGGAGGCUGCUGGAACAGCAUCACUGAGCGAUGCACGGUUCGACGAUCCCGUGUCUGCGGCAGAAGAGGCCGCGUUCUGCAAAGCCUGCGCGAGGUUUGGUUUCGGCCUGUAUCUGUACCAUGAGGACGAGACGCCAUAG